AUGUCGACUUCUGACCCGAAGGACGCGUUGUUAGAUCCAGCGAUAUCACAAAUAGAGGAGCUUAAACCUCAAAUCGCCGGGUUGCAAAACGACCAUGUUCAGAAUCCUCGAAUAGAUUCGUAUAGAGUUCCUAAACUCCCAGAUUUUUUUCGGAAAGAUCCUGCUCUAUGGUUUAUCCAUAUUGAAUCUACCUUCCGUAAUGCUAGGAUUACUAAUGAUGCAACUAAAGUUGACUAUAUCAUACCUGCGUUAGGUUUUGAAAUUAUAGUGUGUAUUAAAGAUUUAAUUACUGCUACGCCUAAACCACCGGAUUAUUAUGAAAAAGUUAAAGAACGCGUCAUUUCAACGUAUUCUUGUUCCUCCGAAAGUAGAUUGCGACAAUUAUUGAAAGGCGAAGUGUUAACUGACGGGAAACCAUCAUUAAUUUUGUGUCGUUUGCGCAAUUUAAACGAUGGGACUUGUAGCGAAACUGUAAUAAGGUACAUAUUUCUAGAACAACUGCCUAGUCAGCCGCGCGCGAUUCUAGCUGCUACUAAAAUUGAUGAUUUGCAAGAACUUGCGGAAUUAGUCGACAAAAUUGUCGAAGUCUCGAAUAUUAAUCAUUCAUACGUCGCGGCGGUUUCCACCGGCAUCAGCGGUUCAUCAAGUCAAUUUAAGUCUGAUCUCGAUAAAUUAGAAACUAAAAUCGAUCGUUUGGCUUCACAAAUUAAGCUUUUGAGCUCGGGUAAAACGCGCUCACGUUCAGGUUCUAAUUCUAGAGCUAAUUCAAAUGAGUCAAAAACCAAAUCGAAGUUGUGCUGGUUGCAUAAAAAAUAUGGCGAUAAAGCACAUUCAUGCGAGAAUCCCUGUUCUUGGCAGAGUGGCACAAAACCGGAAAACUAG